AUGACUCCCAAAAUUCUUCCAAUAUCAAUUAUUUCAUUAUUUUUAAUUUCAAAUGUUCAUUCAAAAUUUACCAAUGAUUUUUCUCAAUGGUUAGCUGAUUAUUAUGGUCCAGCAGUUCGUGAUCAAAUUGAACGACUUGAUUUGGGACCUGGUGGAUCAUUUGGUGGAAAAAAGACAAGAAAUGAGACCCUCAAAAAUCAACCGCUUAUUAUUGUUCACGGUGUUUCAGACACUGCUGGAGAAAAACCAACUUGGGCUGCACAGUGGUUUAAAAAGGAUGGUGGAUAUAAAGACAAUGAAAUCUACAGUACCACUUAUUUUAAUGGGGCACAAGGAAAUCCAUUGAAAUGGGUCGAAUAUUCGAUGAAAUGUGAAUAUGUGAAACAAGUUCGUGCUUUGAUUGUUGCUGUUCGAAUUUAUACUGGUAGAAAUGUUGAUGUUAUUGGUUUCAGUUUAGGAGUUCCUGUAUCUCGAAAAGCUAUUUUAGGAGGUUCGAAUUGUCUUCUUUUUAAAUUUAUCAAAGAUUCUUGACUUCAGAAAUUCGAUAACUUUCUGAUUUUCCAGGUUUCGGCUUUCCGGAACAGAACUUUUUCGAAUGUUUCUUUGAAAAAUAACCAACCCUUUGUUCGUUUCAGGAAAAUGUGUUGAUACCGGAGAAUAUUUGGGUGGCCCAUUGACAAGAAUUGUUGAUACCUAUGUUGGUGUUGCUGGUCCAAAUCGAGGAGCUGCUCCACAACUUGGCGGAUUUUCUGUUCCAGCUUGCGCUUUGUCAAUUAUCCCAAUUUGUAAUACUGUGAACGGAUUAUAUUCUGGAAAUUGUCCAAGCCAAAGUGAUUUCUUGCAGGUGAGAGCUUUCCAAACCCAUAAAAAAUAAAACAAGUGUUCUAGGAUAUCAAUAGAUAUUCUCAUUAUGAAGGUCAAUAUACUUUCUCAAUUUACACAAUGAAAGAUCAAAUGGUUGGUUAUAAAGUGUGCGAUCAAUUGACUUCUCCAUUGCCUGGACAAUCUGGAGAACGUGUAUUUACUGAUUUGAAUCAUGAUCAAGUAUUUGAUGAUACUCAUAUGAAUCAACUUCGUAUGAUCAGAGAUCAUGUGGUCGUUUAG